CUCUUGUGUCUAAAAUUCAAAAUCCCUGGGCUCACUCCUGUAGCUGGAAGCGGAGUUGAGAUUCUGUGAACUUCUACAAGUUGAGAAUUGCUGACUAGAGCAUCACAGCUCUGAUAAGCUAUCAACAGGUUAACUUGGCACUAUGGGGAUACAAGGAUUACUCCAGUUUAUCAAAGAAGCUUCUGAACCCAUCCACGUGAGGAAGUAUAAAGGGCAGGUAGUAGCUGUGGAUACAUAUUGCUGGCUUCACAAAGGAGCUAUUCCUUGUGCUGAAAAACUAGCCAAAGGUGAACCUACUGAUAAGUAUGUAGGAUUUUGUAUGAAAUUUGUAAAUAUGUUACUGUCUCAUGGGAUCAAGCCUGUUCUUGUAUUUGAUGGAUGUACUUUACCUUCUAAAAAGGAAGUGGAAAAGUCUAGAAGAGAAAGACGCCAAGCCAAUCUUCUUAAGGGAAAACAGCUUCUUCGUGAGGGUAAAGUCUCAGAAGCCAGAGAAUGUUUUACCCGCUCAAUCAAUAUCACACAUGCGAUGGCCCACAAAGUAAUUAAAGCUGCUCGGUCGCAGGGAGUAGACUGUCUGGUGGCUCCAUAUGAAGCUGAUGCGCAGUUGGCCUAUCUUAACAAAGCUGGCAUUGUACAAGCUAUAAUCACAGAGGACUCUGAUCUCCUAGCCUUUGGCUGUAAGAAGGUUAUUUUAAAAAUGGACCAGCUGGGAAAUGGACUAGAAAUUGAUCAGGCUCGUCUGGGAAUGUGCAGACAGCUUGGAGAUGUGUUCACAGAAGAGAAGUUCCGUUAUAUGUGCAUCCUCUCCGGCUGUGACUAUCUCUCAUCACUACGUGGUAUAGGAUUAGCAAAGGCAUGCAAACUGCUAAGAUUAGCUAAUAAUCCAGAUAUUGUAAAGGUUAUCAAGAAAAUUGGGCAUUAUCUCAAGAUGAACAUAACAGUACCAGAGGAUUACAUCAAAGGCUUUAUUCGAGCCAACAAUACCUUCCUUUAUCAGCUGGUUUUUGAUCCCAUCAAAAGGAAACUCGUUCCUCUCAAUGCCUAUGAAGAUGACAUUGAUCCUGAAACACUAAGCUAUGCUGGAUGGUAUGUUGAUGAUUCUGUAGCUCUUCAAAUAGCACUUGGAAAUAAAGACAUAAAUACUUUUGAGCAGAUCGAUGACUACAAUCCAGACACUGCUACGCCUGCCAAAUCAAGAAGUCAUAGUUGGAAUGACAAAACAUGUCAAAAGUCAUCUAAUGUGAAUAGCAUUUGGCAUAGGAAUUAUUGUCCUGGACUUGAGCUGGAUAUUGUUUCAAAGGCUACACCAUUGAAGGAAAAUCCAAGUACUGUGGGCAUUGAACAAGUGAUUAGUACUAAAAUGUUAAAUCUUCCAAAGAAGUUAUCUGUUAUAAAAAGACCAAGAAGUGAAGAGCUGUCAGAAGAUGAUCUAUUGAGUCAGUAUUCUCUUUCAUGUACAAAGAAGACCAGGAAAGAUAACUGUGAAGGUGAUAAAUCACUGAACUCUUCUGAAGUGUCCAUGCCUGACCUGAUAGAUGGAACUGCUGGGAAAAAAAGCACUCCGCCUAGGACAAGAAAUAAAUUUGCAGCAUUUUUACAGAGAAAAAAUGAAGAAAAUGGUGCAGUUGUGGUUCCAGGGACCAGAAGCAGGUUUUUUUGCAAUUCUCUGGAUUCUGCUGACUGCGUAUCAAAGAAAGAAAACAUCCAGCCUUUAGAUGAAAGUGCUGUCACAGAUGAAGAGACGCAUCUAAAAGAAUCCGAUUGUCUCGAAGGCGAGAAGCUGGCCGAUACAGACAGAGCACAUGAUUCAAGUGAUCAGAUUCCAGAUGAUGAUGUAUCUGUGUUUGCUGAUGAAGAGUCUCAGGCUUUAAAGACCAACAAAUUCACAAGGACCAUCUCACCACCCACCCUGGGGACUCUAAGAAGUUGUUUUAGUUGGUCUGGAAGUCUUGGAGAUUUUUCAAGAACUCCUAGCCCCUCUCCAAGCACAGCACUGCAGCAGUUCCGUAGAGACAGUGAUUCUCCCACCUCUCUGUCUGAGAAAAGUAAGAUGGCUGCUGUAUCUCCGUCAAAGAGUGGUGAGUCAGGUGAUGAAUCUCAUCCCUUACAUGAAGUGGGACAGUCUUCACAGUCCCAGGAAAGCAUAGAAUUAUCAACGCAUGAUUUGAAUGCAUCAAAACUUUCUCAACCUUCUAGUAAGGAUUCAGAUUCAGAGGAAUCUGACUGUAAUUUUAAGUCACAUGAUAAUCAAGAUUAUCAAAGCUCCAAGCUGCAUUUAUCUCAUUUUUCAAAAAAAGACAAGCUUCGAAGGAACAAGGUUCCUGGGCUGUAUAAAUCUAGUUCUGUAGACUCUCUUUCUACGACCAAGAUCAAGCCUCUAGUACCUGCCAAAGUCAGUGGGCUGAGCAAGAAGCCAGCUAGCAUCCAGAGAAGAAAUCAUCAUAAUGCUGAGAACAAGCCAGGACUGCAGAUAAAAAUCAGUGAGCUCUGGAAAAAUUUUGGAUUUAAAAAAAAUUCUGAAAAGCUUCCUUCUUGUAAGAAGCCGGCUCCCCUAUCUCCAGUCAAAGACAACAUCCAGCUAACUCCAAAUGCAGAAGAUGAUGUAUUUAACAAACCCGAAUGUACUCGUGCUCAGAGAGCGAUAUUCCAAUAA